AGUUGCUGGUAGCGGCAAACGUCACCGUGCCGACGGUAGUGGUGGCGGCAGAUGGUGGGAGCAGCCUCCGUUUUAUUUCUGUCACGGCCUCGUUGGGGCUGGCCUCGCGAGUGAGUUCCUGUCGCGAGAGUCUCUCUUGUGUACACAAAGACCAUCGAACGACGACGACAACGACGACAACGACAGUGGCGACGGCGACGACGAAGACGCGAUGGAAGACAGUUACAUAGUUCAUAGACGUCGCAAGGCGGCUGCCAGGAAGCGUGAGAAAACUCCCGAUCCCUCAUCAAGGGGUGUUGCGUCGCGUAUAUCUGCUUCAGAUGAUGAGGAUGAGGAGAGACGCGCCAGAAUGGAGAGAAUGGCUGAGGAAGCGGAAAAAAUGGAGCAGCAACAGAAAGAAAAUAGAUUGUCACAACAUCAGAAGCAGGAAGUGUCCUUGAAAGAACUAGAGAAUAAGGAUAAGAUGGGGAAUGAUCGGGAGCAGCGUCCGGCUAGAAGAAAGAACAAAACUGACACGAGGAAUUCUGCGAACGUGGAUGACAUGAUCGACAUACGCGUCAAGUCAACGGCUGGAAAUACUUCGAAGACACACGAGACUGGCUCUGUAACAACUGACGACAACAGCACGCAACCGGUAAAGCAGAUCACCGAAGUAGCGAAGAGGUUUGAUGAUGGUACCACAAAGAAAGACGUUAUCAGACCUGAGAUUGUUCAGGCAGUUAAGAAUGGUGCUGUCCAAGAGACAUCGGAGACACCGAAAGAAACAAACGGCGAGACUAGCAGACCUGUCGAAGUCCGUAAGAUCGAAAGGCGACUUAAAAGGAGAUCGAAAGAACGUGUGGAGAAAUAUAGCCGGUCAACAGACUCCAGUGACGAAAAGGAUGAAAAGAAUGAGUCGAGUCAAAGACGGACAAAAUCACCGGAAACAGUCAGGUCCAGGGUGAAAAAGACGAGCGGAAAGAGUCGAAUCAGUGAUCCCGAAGCACAAAAGAAGGAUAUCGAAAGACUGAACCGAGAGAAGAAGUCACCGAGUCGGCAGAAGUUCGAAGAAGAGUCUCGCACGAGAGAUGAUUCCGUGCCACAUUCGAGACCUUACAGUCAGACCGAAAAUACGGACGAGGAUCUUAAAAUGGUGAAGAGCGAGAAUUUGUUGCAGAAAUCUGCCGAAGAGCGAAGGGUAAAGAGAUCCUCAAUCGAGGUGAAGAAGCAAAUCAUCCCGCUGAGUAACGAAAGCUUAAUAGAGGAUUUCGCGAGGGCUCAGAGGGAGUACAUGUUACGAGAACGCAGCAUCCUGGAUCCGGAAGUAGAUAUGUUUCAAGACGCUGUUGAAGUUAGUUCUUUGAGGAGGCGAAAGUUCAAUCUGACAUACAGCGAGAGCGAGCAAAAGGACAUCGUUCAGAACGUAACGCAGUCUUCUGAUGUAACGGACAAGAAAAAAUCAUGGUUUUCUUGGUUGUCUUUCUGGCAUAAGAAGGAUGAAAAUAUUAUAGAGAAGAAGACUGAAGACGAACCAAAGUCCGUUCCAAAAGUUGAAGAGACUAAAGUGAAAAAAGAAGAAGCUGCGGAGAAGAUUACUCUAUUGGAUUUCUUCAGGGUUCUCAGAGACAUCGUCAGCGAGUUCAAGACCUUCGUGGCGCAAAAUCCACGUGAGACUAUGAUCAUCAGGCGGCUGCGUAAUCGCUGCAUAGUCGGACUAUUGCUCAUAAUAAUCUACUGCGGCCUCGGCGGCUUCGUCUUCCGUUUCGUUGAGGGUGCCUUCGAAACAUUCUAUAAAUGUGGCGUGAAACGCGUGAAGCGUGACUUCCUAGAUACUCUGUGGAAUUAUAGUCAUAAUUUGAGGGAGGACGAUUGGAAGAGCAUGGCGCGUAGGAAGCUGAUGGAGUUCGAGGAACAGCUUCACACAGCUCACGAAGCCGGCUUGCAUACGUAUAGCGGUCAAAAAAAUUGGAGUUUCUUGAAUGCCGUCGUGUAUUGUCUCACUGUCAUCACCACUAUCGGGUAUGGACAUAUUUCGCCAAGUACGGACACAGGAAGGGCCAUCACGAUUGUGUAUGCAAUUUUCGGCAUCCCAAUAUUUCUCAUUAUUUUGGCUGACUUUGGUAAAUUAUUCACACGCGGUAUAAAAUUCCUAUGGGCAUUUGUGAGAAGAGUAUACUACACUGGUAGCUGUCGCAAAGUCCGUCGCACUGUGCCUGUCCAGGAAGUCAUGAAGGGCGUGCAACUCGUUUACGAUCUUGCAAAGUUACGACGGCCCUCGCAGAUGAAUCCAGAGGAAAUCGACGAGAUGCAGAGGCAGCAGGUCCAACAACCGCAGACGGUCCUGAAUGUGGACGCCAAUACGCCGGGUACACCGGGUACGCCGGCAUUAUCGGCAUACAUCGUCGAUGACGAGUUCAAUCUACCGAUUUCGGUGGCAAUCAUCGUUCUCCUGGCUUAUAUCUUUGUAGGAGCCACUUUAUACUCCUUGUGGGAGACUUCUUGGGAUUUCUUCGAGAGCUUCUACUUCGUUUUCAUCUCCAUGAGUACUAUCGGCUUCGGUGAUUACGUGCCAACGCAUCCCAUAUACAUGAUGGGUUCAAUAGUAUACUUGGUAUUCGGUCUGGCGCUUACAUCCAUGUGCAUCAACGUCGUGCAGGUGAUGCUAUCGGAUUCAUUCAAGCAGGCGAGCCAAAAGAUCGGAGCCACGAUCGGUUUUGAGGUCGCCGAGGAUGACAACUCAGUGAAACCGGCAUCACCGCCGCCGGUCGAAGUCGCGGACGUCCACAUGAGCGUGAAGGAGUUUGAAAGCGACGAAAAGAUCGCGCCCAAAGCAAAGCAGGAGGACGUUGACCCUUAGAUGCAUUUCUUUCAGGAGGAACUUUUAUGCGUCUCAAGCUCGUUUCUCGAAAUAUACACGAAAUGUGUCUUUCUCUCUCUUUCUAUUUCUCUCUUUAUUCGGCCUUAAGAGAAUAAUCGUCCGCUGGCUUAUGCAACGCAAUGAUGACAUGAUAAUCAUGGCGGUACGCACGCGAUCAAGUUUCGAAGGACAAUCAGGGCCGUCUUUACACUUGAGAUCUGCAAAGAAGUGCGGCGAAGAUUUUGGAAUUUUAUAGUCGAUUUUGGAAUUUUUGACACUUGUCAGAAUUGUACGUUGUAAGUUUUAAUUAGAUCUAAUUAAUCUAUUUCACGAGACCUAAUACUUUUAAGUUAGAUUCUGGAUACCCCCAAAUUUCUCAUACCAAAGACGGUCCCGAUCGUCUCGGCGCGGCGAC